AUGAGUGUAAGUAUUUUUGAAGGGGGUCACAAUGCCUCCGGCGGCUGGGGCUCCGCCCCAGACCCCGCUGCUCCUCUCGCUUCGCUCGAGUCGUUUUCGUCUACAGUCUCAGCAAUCUCCUGCGAAGCAGGAGCUACGGGGUCUGGGGCAGAGCCCCAGCCGCCGGAGGCACAACCCCAUUCCCAUUUGGAUCGGCCUUUUGAUGAGGAUGCCAGGAAUUUGGAGGAACAGGAGGAUGAGGAGCCUGCUGAUGUAGAGCCUUUGAAUACUCCUCAGGCUGCCCGGGGUAAAGGUAUUGAAACUUCGGGCAGGAUCAUUUCUGCUGUGACGAAUCUUCCAUGGGAGGUCGUGGAUAAUGGAUCGGGUGGCCCUGAUGCCCUGUCUUUGCAGUCAAGGAGGGGAAACUCGGCUCUGUUCUCGUCAUUGAGUUACAUUCAUGAGGGAACAGAGUGGGAUAGUAUCCUUGUUGGCUGGACUGGUGAGGUCAAGGCCGGUAACGUGGCCCCUUCUGAACCCGGUCACCCUGUCCUGCUUGAAGAUAAGGACCUCCUGACUCGCGAGUUCGAUGACAGCGAGAAAGAGCGUCUCAAUCAUCUGUAUAAUGAAAUUGCGAACGGAAAUAACCCUGGCUGUUCUGGAUCAGAGAGUGAAUCAAAGAAUGAAUCGAAGAAUGGGUCCAAGACCUUGACAAUGCACCCAGUGUGGCUGCCUGGUAACCAGUCCAAAUGGAGAGCAUAUCCAGAACAGGUGGUUUGGCCCAUUCUUCACUAUAUUCAAGACGAGAAUAAGCUGGUUGCCAAUGCCGAUGGCAAUGAGAUGAAGAAAUGGUGGGCUGACUAUGUGGCUUUUAACGAAGCUUAUAGAGACAAGAUCCUGGAAAUAUAUCAGCCAGGAGAUGUCAUUUGGAUCCACGACUAUUAUUUGUUGUUGCUUCCUCAGAUGAUUAGAAUGCGUAGACCAGAUGCUUUUAUUGGCACUUUUAUACAUGCUCCAUUCCCUUCGUCUGAAUACUUCCGUUGCAUCCCACAAAGAAAGGAGUUGUUGGAAAGUGUUUUGGGAUCGAAUUUGAUUGGGUUACAAGCUGCUUCUUACAAACGACACUUUAUCUCGUCGUGUACUCGUUUGCUCGGAGUGGAGAGCUCUCCUAAUCAUAUCAAUGCAUUUGGCAUGUAUGUAUCAGUACAGUCAUUGCCAAUUGGAAUUGAUACCACACGGGUCGAACACGAUGCAUUUUCGCCUGAAAUUGACGAACGGGUUCAGGCUAUUCGUGAUUUGUAUCCUGAUAAGAAGAUUAUUGUUGGUAGAGACCGUUUGGAUAGUGUUCGUGGUGUGGUUCAGAAGCUACAAGGGUUCGAGAUGUUCCUGGAUAUGUAUCCAGAAUGGAGCGACAAGGUUGUUCUGUUCCAAGUAACUUCUCCUGCAUAUAGUUUUACCGAUGCUAAAGUCGAGAAACGGGCAUCGGAACUCAUUUCUCGAAUCAAUGCUAAUCAUGGCAUGCUUCAUUUCAUGCCGGUUCAUCACCAUCCUCGUCAUGUGGCUAGAGAUGAAUACUUAGCACUUCUCCGGGUGGCAGAUUUGGGACUGAUUACAUCGGUUAGAGACGGUAUGAACACUACUUUGUUGGAGUUUGUUGUUUGCCAGAAGGAGAACAAGUCGCCAGUCAUCACGUCUGAAUUUACUGGUACUACUGGCAGUCUUCAUAACGCCAUCUCGGUUAAUCCAUGGAACAUUCGCCAAGUGGCAGAGACAAUUCACGACGCAUUACAGGACGAUGAGGCCACUAAAGAAUCACAUGCUCGUCUCCAGAACAGUUUGUAUGAGUAUGUGACUACACAUACCUGUCAAGACUGGGUCCUGAGCUUCAUUUCGAGAUUGAUGCAUAACAUCUCGGAACACAAGUUCUCUCACGUCACCCCUAUGUUGGACACUUCGAGACUGGUAGCAAAGUACAAAGCAGCCAAGACUCGACGACUGUUUUUGUUUGAUUAUGACGGUACAUUGACGCCAAUUGUGAAUGAACCGUCGGCAGCUCUGCCGUCCAAACGACUUUAUAGCAUAUUAGACCAGCUGACGGCCGACCCGUGCAAUUCAGUGUGGGUUAUUUCUGGCAGAGACCAGAAGUUUUUGGAUAAAUGGCUCGGUACCAACAAGAAGAUCUCGUUCAGUGCUGAACAUGGCUGUUUCCUCAAGGAGGCCGAAGGAACUGGAGAAUGGCAGGAUCUCGUAGCCAGCAUCGACAUGUCUUGGCAGAAAGUAGUAGCUGAAAUCUUCAAUAACUACACCGAACGAACUCAAGGUUCGUCUGUAGAACACAAACGGGCUGCUCUGACCUGGCAUUACCGUCGAGCCGACCCUGAUUUUGGAGCUCUACAAGCGCAGCAUCUCCGUAACCACCUCGAGCAGUCGGUUGUGCCAUACUACGACGUUGAUGUCAUGGCCGGCAAAGCCAAUAUCGAAGUACGACCCAGCCAAUUCAACAAAGGCGAGAUUGUCAAACGGAUCAUGGCCGAGUACGACGAUUCCAACCAUCCCCAGCUGGUGUUCUGCGUUGGCGACGACUCCACCGACGAAGACAUGUUCCGGGCACUCGAAAACUACUCAGCCGAAGACGGCGUCUUCUCGGUCACGGUCGGCCCGCCCUCCAAAAUGACGGUCGCCUCGUACCACCUGCUCGACCCAGCCCAGGUCCUCGACAGUCUAAGUGCAUUAUUCUAG